CAUCGUAUAGAAUCAAUAACCAGUCGCGUUUUUUUUGUUGUUACUAAGAAUUUCUAGAAUCUUAUGUAACAAAAAAAUUAUUAUUGUCAAUUGUUCAAGUGUUUUCAUUUGAAUCCACAUAACAACGAUCACUCAUAAUUGACGCGGAAGUAUCCUAUACUUGACAUUCAAUAAAAAAAAAUUGUCAAUCAAUGGACCAAAAGUAGCAAUUGUCAUUCUCCUGGGCAACGGUGUCAUUGUUGUCGUUACCGGACACAAAAACUAAUUUAAAUUGAAACCAGUUAUUAAAGGUAUCAAAUUAAACAUUAUUAUUAUAUUCUAUGAUGACAAAAGUUUUACAACGUUCAUGAAGCAUAUAUCUUAGGAAAAGUUUUCUAUUCUUAUAUUUUUGUUAACAUUUCAAUUUUUUAGUAAAAAAAAACAUGGGCCAGCGAAAUAAACCAAGUCCAACUCGCUCAUCGCAUCCCGUUUCACCGCUUUAUAACAAAGAUGAAUUUACGUUUGAAAGCACUCGUCGAUUCGGACCCACGAAACGACGAAAAUGUACCGAUUGUGGUUGUCUGUUUAUAUUCAUUUUGUUCAUUGGGAUUUGGGCUGGCAUGAUCACAUAUUUUUUAAAUCAUGUUAACAUCGAACAAGUGAUUUUCCCUUCCGAUUCAUUUGGUAAUGUCUGUGGUAAAGGAGAAUUGAGCGAUCGUCCAUAUCUAUAUUUUUUCAAUAUUCUUAAAUGUGUUACUGACCUAGAAGGUACUAUCAUCGAUGGCUGUAAUACGCCACAGGUGUGUGUCAAAGAAUGUCCCAACAUAACGUUCAGUGUUGGUUCUUCUAAGGAAAUGCGUAAUAUCGAACUCGAACAUGCAAUCUGUCAGUAUGGCAUUCGGCCCAAUAGGAAUAAUCUAUACGAAUUAAGCCAAAGAGAUUUAUGUGCCAAAUACUAUUUCAAAAGUGAUCCAGUUGGUGGACGAUGUGUUCCAUCGAUAUUACAUCUGAUUAAUAAUCGGCUUUUUGAUGAAAUUCGCAAUCAAUCCAUAAAAGAUGAUUCUUCCGAUGGUUCGGUCACCGCCGAAGAGAUUGUUGAAUCCAAUAAAGCUAUAAGCAAAUUGAUGCAAGCAUUAACGCUAGCUAAUCAUCUUAUAACUGAUAUUGCCCGAACAUGGAGAUGGAUAGCCAUCGGUCUUAUCCUAACCAUGUUCAUCGCUUUUUUGUGGAUAUCAUUCAUGCAAUGGAUUGCCAGAUACAUGAUCUGGGUAUCGAUAAUUGCAUUGUUUAUACUAAACAGUUUGGCUUUAUAUUAUAGUGUUGAUCAGUACAUGAAUCUGGUCAAUACUAAACCUAGCGACACAGAUUUGGUUGAUAUAAAUUCAAUCAUGGCUAAAGUUGUUCAUCCAACUGAAGCCCAUCGUUAUCUUCGUACAUCUCGACGUAAAGCUGAUAUGAUGGAUUUUGAUUUUAAAAGUUUGCUCAAAGAUAGCCUGGAGCCAUAUCUCAACAGUACCAAACUUUGGAUUGCUUUGGCAGUUGUGUCAGGUAUUGGCUUAUUGGUAUUGACCAUGAUUACAUUUUGUUUAUGCAGUCGUAUUCGGCUGGCUGUAGCUGUCAUUGAAGAAGCUAGCAAAGCGGUCAACAACACCAAGUCAACGUUGAUGUUCCCUUUGCUUCCAUUUACGUUGAAAGUUGCAGUCCUGACAGUCGCUUUAUUUGCAUUCGUUACCAUAUCAACCGGUUCUCAAGCUCAUUACCUUCAUCAAGUAUCUGGAACUGCAUGUAGUCCCUUAAAGGAAUUGGACAACAAUUGCACAAAAAUCCGACCAUUUGGCAGAAGUUUAGUCUAUUUGGCUCAUGGUUUCAACUUAUUCGCUCUCAUUUGGGUGCUUUACUUCAUCUCUGGUUUAUCAUAUGUAACAUUGUCGGGUGUAUUUGCCGACUAUUACUGGACAAGAGACAAACGUGAAAUAUCGUUUUUCAUACUUUUGCGCUCGUUUAAACGCUGCAUUUUCUAUCAUUUGGGUUCAAUUGCGUUUGGUUCAUUAUUAAUCGCCAUUGUUCGUUUCAUUCGAAUUAUACUCGAAUACAUUGAUCAAAAAUGUAAAAAGUAUUCGAAUAAUGUGAUUUCUCGUUUUAUUAUGGGCUGCUGUAAAUGUUGCCUGUGGUGUUUGGAAAAAUUCAUCAAAUUUAUUAACAAAAACGCUUAUAUUAUGAUGGCGGUACAUGGAAAAAGUUUUUGUCGUUCUGCUCAGGAUGCAUUUUCAUUGAUCAUUUCGAACGGGGCGCGUGCUUUGGUUCUUGAGUGUUUGAGCGCAUUCCUUUUAUUCCUAUCCAAAUUAGCCGUUACAUUUAUUUCUGGCAUGAUAGCCUUUUUGAUAAUUACUGAUCAAGUCGAAUUUGUUCGUUUGGGAGAUUUCGAUGAUCUCAAUUAUUAUUGGGGUCCACUUGGGGUAUAUCUAAUUCUCAGUUAUAUAUUGGCCUCCUCAUUUUUUAACGUUUACGAUGUUGCAGUUGAUACUAUUUUCCUCUCUUUUCUGGAAGACUGUAAAAUUAACGACGGAUCCAGUGAACGUCCUUAUUACAUGACUAAAUCAUUGGCCAAUAUUUUCGGUCGUCAAAAUAAUCAAGCAUACUGAUCAAUUUUUUUUGUCUUAUUAUUAGUGUCAAUUGAUUUUCGAACCUAAUGUAACAUAAUAACCAAAUUCCAAAAACAAAAUCACCCACGAUAUGCAAUUUAAUGAAAGAUACGUUAAAAAU